GCUCGGCGCAGCGCGGCGCGGCACGGCUCACUCGCUCCCUUCUGCUCGGAACCAGAGCCUGCGUGGAUGUUGCACAGAGGAAGGAGCUUCGCCACUGGAACAUAACGUUGCUUCUUCCCCCACCCGCUUUUGGUUGUUUUUUUUCCCAACACGGAGUAAAGGACUUUUUCUGUGUGGGGAUCGCGUGCGAUUUUUUUUUCUCCCCCUCUUUCGUUUUCGCAGACCAUUCCCCCCUCGCGGAAUAAUCCGAAGCGGCAGCGGCGGCGUCGCGUUUUGGGCAGAAGCCGAGCACCAAGUUCCACGCGAAUGGAGUAAAGGCUGCGGGACUUGCGCGGCUCGCGUGCGUUCGCGUCGGUGGAUGUAAUGCGCAGAUUCUCCGCGGGACGCUGAGCGGCCGGGGGGGGGGCGGAAGAAACAUGGACACCUCUUCAGAACUCGAAGACGGGACUCGUCACAAGAACCAGCGGAUGAGCUGCAGCUACCUGCUGUGCACCAUCCUGCUCUUCGCGGCCGUCCUGCUGGCCGUGACGGUGACGGGCGCCAUCCUCUUCAUGAACCACAACCAGGCGCCGCCCGUGUCGGACGGCGCGCCGCACGUCUCCACCAACCAGGACGAGGCCAACGCCCUGGUGACGGUGGAGCGCGGCGACGGCUCUCGCGUCAACAUCUUCAUCGACCCCAACUGCCCCGACUACGGCGGCAACUUUUUGCGCCUGGAGGGCGCGCAGACCUCGCUGCUGCGCUCGCUCAGCGACCACGACUCGGACCUCAAGUCGGUCAAAGGCCAGGACCGGGCGCUGCUCGUCGGCCUGGCCGAGGAGGUGGCCAAGCUCUCCGCCCACGCCGGCCAGCUGAAGAUGGACUACGAGUCCCUGCGCCGGGGACAGGGGAGCCUGGGCCAAGACCUCAACACGCUGCAGUCGGAGCAAGCGCGCCUCAUACAGCUGUUGUCGGACAGCCAGGUGAACAUGGUGAAGGUGGUCAACUCGGUGAGCGACGCGCUCAGCGCCAUGCAGAAGGAGAACGCCGGCCUGAAGGCGCGCGCCAAGGCCGACCUGCAGAGGGCGCCGGCGAGGGCCGCCCGCUUCAAAGGCUGCGCCAACGGCUCGCGUCCGCGCGAUUGCGGCGACCUGUACGCCGGCGGCCAGCGAGAGGACGGCAUCUACUCCGUGUUCCCCAUCCACCAUCCCAGCGGCUUUCAGGUCUACUGCGACAUGACCACCGACGGAGGCGGCUGGACGGUGAUCCAGCGCCGCGAGGACGGCUCAGUCAACUUCUUCCGGGCCUGGGAGAGCUACCGCGAGGGCUUCGGGAAAAUCACCGGUGAACACUGGCUUGGGCUGAAGCGGAUCCACGCUCUGUCGGUCCAGGGCAACUACGAGCUGCGCAUCGACCUGGAGGACUUUGAGAACGGCACGGCCUACGCCCAGUACGGGACCUUCGGCGUGGGCCUCUUUUCGGUGGACCCGGACGACGACGGCUACCCGCUGACGGUGGGAGACUACUCGGGCAACGCAGGCGACUCCCUCCUGAAGCACAACGGCAUGAAGUUCACCACCAAGGACCGCGACAACGACCACUCGGAGAACAACUGCGCCUCCUUCUACCACGGCGCCUGGUGGUACCGCAACUGCCACACGUCCAACCUCAACGGCCAGUACCUGCGCGGCCAGCACACCUCCUACGCCGACGGCAUCGAGUGGUCGGCCUGGACCGGCUGGCAGUACUCGCUCAAGUUCUCCGAGAUGAAGAUACGGCCCACCCGCGACCCGGACGGCAAAUGAGGCCACUCCCUCCUCUCGUGCCGAUCCCCCUUUUCUUUUGGACGCCGUUUCCCCUUUCCACUUGCGUCUUUUUUGGGGGGGGGGGGGGAUGCCAAUAUAAGUAUUUUUUUCCCUUCUUGUGCAACCAGCGAGGAAGUACGAAAUAGGAAGUAGAGGAGAACACAACGGAGGACGUCAUUCCAGACCACACUUGGUGACCCGAUACUUUGUAUUUGUGUGUGCGUGCACGUGAACGUGAGUGUGCACAGCAGACU